GCGCGUGCUCGGAGCGGCACCGCCGCCAUCGCCGCCAUCGCCGGCCCGCGCAGGCGCGCCGGGGGUCACUUUGAGGCCGCGCCAUGUUGAACCAGCUGCUGGGGCCGCGCUACGUCCAACUGCUGCAGAACUGGACUCCCACCAUUCUGACAUGGGGUGGGGUGGCCGGUGUUGGGGUGAUUUGGGCCACAGACUGGAAGCUGAUCCUGCAGUAUGUUCCCUACAUCGGCGGCAAGUACAAAACUGAAGACUGAGCUUCCCUCUAAUGGAAAUGUGUUGCUGGAGAGUGUUUGGAGCCAUCCGUCCACCGAGCCCCUGCUUUGAGGUGACCCUGCAGUGCCCACUGCAGGUCCUGCUGCAGGCUGUGCUCUGUGUCUCCAUGAAUAGCUGGGAGCAAAUUUACCUUCACUCACCACUUCCUCUGAUGGCUUUCCCAGCAGAUCUUGCACUCAUGGGAGUAAUUUAUAAACCUGAUGUACACAAUAAACCAAGUGAAUGAUA